UUCUUUUUCCUCCGAUCUCGCCAGGCCCUGGGCUCCGGCCUCCCAGAACCCACGCCACCCUAUCUCCGUCCGCCUCAUUCUCCCCACCUGGAGGACCAGCCCCAUAUUCCACGUCUUUGUGCAGAGCCCCAUCUUGGUCAUCCCUGUAACCCUUCCCUACCCAGAUGUGUUCCCGUCCCUGUCGCCAUCGUACUGGGCAAGGCUCCCAUAUCCAUUCGUAGCGAUUAGGCUUCAUUCACCCCUGCUUGCUCGCCGAGGAGGAUUUUUCUCUCCCUUGUCACAUUCACACCUCCGUCUGCUUUAGGGCCCAACCCCCUACUGGAAACAAAAAAAAAAAAUUUUUUUUCCACCUUCUCAAGACACUUGAGCUGUAUCUGUGGCCACCUCUGUAAGCAUCCUGGCCUCCUGGGGUUUAGAAUUUCUUCUGCAUCUUCGUUUUUAUCUUAAUCCUUACUCCGAUUCCCAGCUUAUAGAGAGAGCGGGGUGUCUUGUACUUUUGGGAGAGGUGUUGGUUUUCUCAGGGAGAUGGAGAGAUUUUGCAGACCAAUUAAGUAUAAAUAUCUGCUCAUAAAAGAUGUUCUUAGCCUCUGUUUCUUCCCCAUUCUUUUUUGGGAGGAAAAUGAGAGAUUUGUAUGACUUUUGUUGUUUUGCAAAGCACUUUCACAUGCAUUAAUCUCUUUUAAUUCUCACGGUGAUCCCAUGACGUAUUAUUACUGUAGGCUUUAUUGCCCAUGGGCUUUAUUGUUGUCCACUCUUUAGAUGAAACUGAGGCUUAAUGCGAAGACUCACAGAGCUAUUGAGUCAUACAAUUGACACAGGAACCCAGAUUGUUCUUUGCAUCGUGUGACAUUUUGGAACUGGAACCUUGGGCUUUCUAAAUCCCCAAAUUAUAUAGAAUUGCUUCUAGAAUCUUCACAUGUACCCUUGGGAUUUCAGUGUUGGAAGUACUCAACAAGUAAUGAUGGUACUCUUCAGAUGACGAAGCCUUACCGAGAUGGCCUGACUGAGGUAUAUGGUUCUUAGCCUGCCUCCCUGCUCAAAUCUAAAAGUGGUCCCCCUCACCCUCACCCUGGAUCACAUAGCAUGUCUGUCUUCAGAGACAGAUGCAAAAUGCCAGCCUAAACUGAGCUCCCUUUUUUUUUUUCCUUUACUUUGCGGCUUCUCUUGAGUGUGGGAUUCAUGGACAAUGUGAGUAUUAGACACGUAAGAGACCUUUGAGGGCCUCGAGUAUAUCCAUUUUAUUUUACAAUAAGAACCACUGAAGCCGACAGGGCCCUGUGUCUGGACUGAACUCAGCCAGUCUAGAUGUGACAGAGCCAAGAUUCCUCUAGACUUCCAAAUCCAAUGUUCCUGCCACUUCACUGAUCACCCUCCUCCUUCAGUUUAGUGUUUUUGCCUGCAGGGAUGUAAAAAUACAGAAGUGAGGACUGCUUGUAGAAAAAUAAAAGAUUCUUUACUAUCUUAUUGCAUAUCAAACAUCACUCUACCUCUAAGACUGGAUAAGCACUUGCCAGAAAGACUUCUGAGUUCUGUAUCUACAUUCUUAGUGAUAGUUUUCUCAUCUUUACAGGUGCACAAUAAUUCAUGGUCCCUUUUUUCUUCCUCUGAACAGCCACUAUGGAAGGAGAGGUCAGGAUUACAGCCGAGGAGACGGGCACAAAGAGUGUUAAGUGACACCCACUCAAUCCACCUGAAGCUGUUACAAUUAAUUAACCCUCAAACUGCCCGGUGAGAUAGCCAGUCACAGAUAAGACUUGCUCCAGGUCUGGGAAAGAGCACAGAUUAGACAUCCCCGCCUCUACUUUGAGUCCUGGGUCCUUCGCUGUUGCUCCCCUCUGCUUAUCCCACUGGCUCCGGGCUGAUUUUCCCUGGCAACGAGAGCCAGCUGCUCCCCGUUUUCCUAGUUUACAGGCUGGUGACCUACAUCUUUGUCUACGAGAACCCCGUCUCCUUGCUCUGCGGUGCCAUCGUCAUCUGGCGCUUUGCUGGCAAUUUUGAGAGAACCGUGGGCACCGUCCGCCACUGCUUCUUCACUGUGGUCUUCGCCGUCAUCUGUGCCAUCAUCUUCCUGUCGUUUGAAGCUGUGUCAUCGCUGUCAAAGCUCGGGGAGGUGGAGGACGCCCGUGGUUUCACCCCCGUGGCUUUCGCCAUGCUGGGAGUCAACUGCGUCCGCUCUCGGAUGCGGCGGGCCCUGGUGUUCGGCAUGGUUGUGCCUUCGCUGCUGGUGCCCUGGCUCCUGCUCUGUGCCUCCUGGCUCAUUCCCCAGACCUCUUUCCUCAGUAACGUCUGUGGCCUGGGAAUAGGGCUAGCAUACGGCUUCACCUACUGCUUCUCCUUUGACGUCCCAGAGCAAGUCGCAAUGAAGCUCGACCAGAAGUUCCCCUUCAGCCUGAUGAGGAGGCUUUCGAUGUUCAAGUACAUCUCCGGCUCUUCAGCCGAAAGGAGGGCAGCCCAAAGCCGGAAGCCAAACCCUGUGCCCGGCUCCUACCCCACGCAGAGUGGCCACCCUCACCUGACCCCGAACCACCCUGCCGCCCAGAUGCAGCAUGUCAGUGGCCAGAAACUGGCCUCCUGGCCAUCGUGUGCUCCUGGGCACAUGCCCAGCCUGCCUCCGUACCAGCCUGCCUCUGGCCUGUGCUACGUGCAGAAUCAUUUUGGCACAACCCCCAACUCCUCCGGUGUCUACCCAGCUUCUGCGGGUGCCUCCCUGGGAGUCCAGCCCCCUGCCCCUCUCAACUGCCCUGGUACCGUAUAUUCCGGGGCCCUGGCCACUCCAGCCGCCACAGGCUCCAAGGAGUGCUCAAGGGUCCUGAUGCCCUGAGAAAGUUUCCAGGGACGCAGUCUGCCCUCUUGGCCUUCUCAAAAAGGGCCUCUCUGAGCUGAGAUUUUCUUGACACGAAGUUAUUUAUUGGACACCUCUAUGUGCCAUGCUCUGUGUUGAGUAUUUUGAUAUGUGUCCCUGUUCAGUCUCCUUUAUCCUCAUGACAGCUUCGUGAAGUACAGUGGUCCCCACUUCCCAGAUGCAGAAAGCAGGGCGCCUGGUGAGGAC